CUAGCAAUCUUUUCUGCACACAAGUUAUCAAACCUGCACAUUAAUCAGCAGGUGCGAGAUAUUUUGCAACGCAAUGCUAGCUGUUAACUCUUCAUUCUGCUACAUGAUCGAUAUUUCUCUGCAAGUCAAAUCUGCCGGCAACGGCUUGUGUUCCACUCACUUGGUACCCAUCAAGAAGAAGACUUGACUUGUGCUCUUUUUUCGCAUGGAAUUUAACUGUUGGCAUCAGUUCAAGGAAGAGGUUGAUGCUGCCUGCUGCUUUGUAAAUUAAAAAGCAGCUCUCUGAUGUACUCCGAAGAGUCCUGGUGGUGCAGAAUGCAACCUAUGCUGGGGCAGAGUACUGAAACUAUUGUACCCAACUACGUACAGUCUUUGCAGGGAGAUUGCAUGCAUACAGGUUUAGGUUUCAUCGGCUGGCAUGAUCCUUGACUCUAUCUAAGGUAAUGAAUGACUGGCUGUUUAAGCUACCUUAGAGUGCUUUGUUCAUGGGGUCGCACGGCUGCUAGUUAGUGUCACCAAUAUUCAGUACUUGCCAGACGUGGUGCCUUGGACUUACGCAGGCGUUCUGUAUCAGUUGGACGUGCACUAUGAGGAUCCUGAUCUUUUCAAUGAGUUUGAGGAUGACAAUCCCAUGGACACUUCUGAGGGAGGUGGGGGUUCAGGUACCAGGGAUGACAAUGCUAAGAGUAAUGAGGAUAAGGCUUUGGGACCGUCGGGGCAGUCGGAGAAUGCCGACUCCACUCCUGUUGGGCCGUCCUCCACGGUACCAACUACCACGCUUCAGCUGGGUUCUCUUGGGGCCUUCUCGGCGCCGCCGAGAUUGUCGAGUGUUAGGGCUGGUCCUCCGAGUCCAAGACUUAGAUUAUGUGUGGGGAGGUCGGUCGACCACACUGAUGAGGUGGGGCAGCAGGCCCCGUCGUCUGUCCCUCGCUCGCCUUCGGCCAUGGCGAUCGUGGCGGAGCCGGUCGCUGCGGGACGAGCGGACUUGCAGGAGGCUAGACCUUCUGGGUCCUUGAUGUGGCUGGAGACUGGGGGCGGCGCGGCCCCACUGGAGAGGUCCCCGGAUGGCAGGGAAACGGGUGCGCAGGAGGCCGCCCUUUCUCCUGCGGUGGCACUGGAAGGCAGCCUGGUGGGUGCGCUUCCUGCGGAACCGGCAGCGCCUUUUUCUUUGGGCACGAGCAUCGGCGAGGUGGAUACUUCGUCAUCUCGGGUGGCUGCUCCGGCGGCUCCGGUGAUGGUCUUAGCGGCUGGGGGACGGGCAGGAGGCUCUUCCCCUAGCGCUACUUCGCGCGAGGAGGUCCGCGAGUUGGAGGAUUCGGCAUCUCUGGUGGCUGCUCCGGUGGCCUCGGUGAUGGCCACUGCGGCAGUGGGACGGGCAGGAGGCUCUUCCCCUACCGCUACUUCGCGCGACGAGGUCAUCGCGUUCGGUGGGAUCCCGGACCCGGUCUCUGUAGGGAGACGGGUCAGCGGGAGACUACAGGAGCACUCCGAUGUUGAUGACAUGCAGCUGAGGUGCGCGUUGAGAGCGGCCAAGCUGCGGGACGUCGAGACUACAACUGGUUAUCUUCAGGGCCACAGCGUUGAUCCGUAUGUGGUCGCUACUCACUCCGAUGGAGGACAGGGGGCAUUUGGCUACUGCGUCUACCCGAUGGGAGAUGGUAGCUCGGGUUAUUUUCAACCGGUUUGGAUGGCGGUCAUGUAAUAGGAUAGGCAUGUAGUGCUCCUAUUUUUUGCCAGCCGGUUGUGGCUUUAUGUUUACGCUCGUCUGAGCGGCUUGUCGUCUUUUUUACUUUAAACC